GACAUGAGUGACGCCUCCUCUUCUACCACCAGGAUUCUUACGACUCAAGUUCAGCAGUUGUAGUCUGAGCUUACUCAAGUUCGGGAAGAAAUGGCUGAGCGAGUUCAGACAGAGGUGGUUGCACGUAUUCAUACAAAGGUAUCACAGAGAGUAUCAGAGAUGGAGGCCAGCUUUGAGAGGAGAUUUCAAGAGCACAUGCGCUUACUUAGCCAGCAAUACUCUAUGAAUGCUACACAACCCCAGACUGGUUAUCCUUCUUCUGCACCACCUCAUACUGUUGAUCCUUCUUUUGAAGGAUUUAGACCUUAUCACUUCCCACCUCAUAGUUAGAGACAUUGAUAUUUGAAACUUAUAUUAUAUAUGUUUAUAUAUAUGUACUGCGUAUGUGGAUAUAUGGUAUGUAGGAUGAAAAGUUAAUAUAUAUUUUAUUAACUU